AGCUUUUUUGUUCCCCCAAUUAGUACUAUACACUCCCGUUUACAGAAUUUUUAUACUUGGGCUAUAAGUAUUUUAAUACGAGUUUGAAGUUUUCAAAUGAAUACCCUGUAUAUCAGUGAGUGACUAAGAUACACAUUCGGCUAUAUAAGUAUUUAAAUAUUACAGUCAUAGUUUAGUUAGCAACAAGCUGUGUCAACUGGCAUGGCCUGUGUCAAAAUGACCAUUUCUGGUUUCGUUAUCAGUAAGAGAUAAAUGCGUGUUUACAUUGUGAUAGUCCCUUCUACAUAUCGGCUGGACUGCGACAGUAGAUUGCAGCUCGUACAUUCUGGUGCAGUGCAGCCAACUUGGACACAGAGUGACCUCUCUACUCACAGGAGCUACUCUCACAUUUCACAGUAAUCAACCACUGGAACCUGGAGUAAUGCUUUUGGAGCGAACAUUUCACAUAAGUCAUAAAUGAAAAUUGUCCAUUGCGGUUGUUCUGAGUGACAUUACGAUCACAUGUUAUUUGUAUAAUUUUACACUAACCUAAAAAUCAAAGUGGCUUUGGAGAUGAAAAGGAACAGGAGCAAGACACUCGUGCUGUAUGCCGCCUUGUUGUCAGUGUUUACGGUCUUCUUGUUGUGCGAGGUAUACAUUGGUAGUUAUUCUAUACUAACUACUGUAUCCUUGCAGAGUUUCCGUAGAUUAUUUUCCACAAAGAAUGGACGUUUCCAAACUCAGACGGGGUCCUUUAAUAGGGGGGAUUUAGCGGAAUUAAAGAGAUCUAACUUCAGCAACUCUUUUACUGAAGACACACUAAAUAGAAGUCUGUUUGUAAGCAUGGGGGAUAUAAAAAAGACUGCCAUGAACAUUUUCUUCGUGGAAACCAGAUGUUCUACAGAGAAGACAUUGGAGGGAUACGUCCACAACAAGGGAUUUGUGUUGUCCGCACGACAGAGCUGCGCCAUAGAGUCCACAGCCCUCACCAACCCCGACCGCGAGAUAUAUGUCUUCCACUCCUGUCCUCUAGAUGACGACUUCCUCCACCACUCCCCUCACUUCGUGGCCCAGCUGUUCAGCUACCCUAAUGUGCACGUGGUAAAGCUCAACAACACCCAAGUGUUCAACGGCUCUCCUGUCCAGCAGCUGUUCGAGAAGAGGUUGCUGGAGAGCUCUUCCUACCCUGUAGAACAUUCCAGUGAUGUUAUCAGAUUAGUUUUGCUCUGGAAGUUCGGAGGAACCUACUGUGAUCUGGACGUGGUUACAUUGAGAUCUCUUGAGGGGCUGAGGAGCAACUGGGCCGGUGCAGAAAGUGAGUGGGCGGUUGCUACCGGAGUGAUGAACUUUGACCCCGAGGGUUCAGCUCACGGCAUGUUGCAGAGAAUCCUUCAACACAUUAACUACCACUACGAUAAAGAUGGAUGGUCCAGCAAUGGUCCGCUUUUGCUUACAUCAUUUAUCAUCAGAGAAUGUAACGUACAUCAGGUUGAAGACGCUGCAGACCGUUGCUUUAUCGACUUCACCGUGUACAGAAGACAUGUCCUCUACCCCAUCCACUACUCCCAGGCUGACCUUCUGUUCGACUCCAUCUUGGGUCCCCAGACCGCGAGGAUGGUGAAGACCACCUCCUAUAGCGUCCACCUGUGGAACAAGAUAAGCUGCAAUAUGACGGUGGAUGUGGGAUCUACCCAGGGUUACGCCCUCUUGGCGGAUAAGUUCUGCCCCAGGGUGUAUUGGAAUUGCGGUACUCUGUUUUAGAAUUAAACACGAAACUGUUUUGGAUUUCCUCAACAAUAGUGUAAAUUGUAUAUAAUACGACUAGAAAUGUAAUUUUUUAUACUUCACUGACUAUUAAAGAAACUUUCACAAGUGACGUA